UUGUUGAUCCUCCAAACUAAAGCUAAGCUAAAAAAGCAAAGCGUCACCUCAACAAGUCGCGUGCUGAGUUGAGCGUGUCCGAAGUCAUCAGUCAGACCGAACCAUUCAUACAAAACAAAGAGGGGUGGAGGCACUCUCGAUAAAGUCAUUACUCUCGCCGUUCUAUAGUAAACACGAGGGGAAAUACAUUGUUUUAGACUAUUAUUAUUUUCCAAUAUACAGGAUCGGCUAAACGGGACGGUAACUGAGUUUAAUGGGCUAGUUGGAUCAAACUAAAGCGCUCCUCCCCCUCCAAGGAGAAAUUUGGAGUGGACCGGAGCAGAUCUCCUAAGCUGCUCUGCUCUCACAUUUGACCGCUGGCCCUUUGGAGAAACUUCAAUACAGCCUGCUCGUUUACCAGCAAUGAGCGCGUGAAGAAGAGGAGCACAAACUAAAGUUGCUGAGUCAAGAUGACGGCCAUUGAGAGCAAAGAGGAGAUCAGUGACACUGACAGCGGGAUCAUCUUGCACUCUGGUCCAGAAAGCCCCACGUCGCCUGUCAAGGACCCAAGCACGCACACCAGAGCCCUCAAACUCAAGCACCAGUCUCUGGAGGGCCGUCUGGAGCUCUGCUUGCUGGAGCUCAGGAAGCUGUGCGUUCGAGAGGCUGAGCUCACUGGUAAAUUACCCUCAGACUAUCCACUCAUGCCCGAUGAGAACCCGCCGCAGGUCAGAAGGAGGAUCGGUGCUUCCUUCAAGCUGGAUGAAGGUCUCAUCUAUCUGGAGAAAGAGGACUCCGAGUUGCACGGCCUUGAGACCGAGCUGGCUCUCCAGCGGCAGAUCUACGAGGCUGCGCGCAAACUCUCGCUGGAGGAGAAGCUCAGCAAGCCUCAGAAGAAGAGCCGCGUGCAGCAGUGCAAGCGGCAGGAGAAGAAGGUGCGCGACCUGCAGGAGGCCGUGUUCCAGUGUAGGAUCCGGAGCGAGUGCAGCUCUCCUUGCAUUGGCGACACUACGACAAAAAGCAAAGAUCUGAACAUGUCUGAUGAUAGCUCGCUGUCUGAUGUGGUAGCCCUGGAUGAGGAUGUGGACUCCCUUGGCCCUGUCUCUGCUCCAGUGCCCAACUUGCAGACGUCCAUAGUAAACCACGAGCGCUCUCCGAUCCAGAAUUCUCCCUGGAAGGAGUCCAGUCUGGACCAGCCUUAUCACAAGGCUGCAAAACCUCUACCUGUUGGCAGCAGCAGCUCGGGUAGUACAGCAGACACCAAUAGAAUUCCUCUCUCUCAGUUCAUAAAGAACUCUGCGCUACGGCCCAGUCACUCCGCCAGCGCCCCAUCCACACCAGAGCUGCACCUGCGUCGACAGUACUCCCAGUCCUUCAGAUAUCCCAAGACUAGGCAGUGCACUGACAAAGAGUGCCUCAGCUCAGAGUCCCUCAGAGCGCAAACCCGCCUGCCGCAGCGGCGCCGUGCCACCGACAUCGUGGUGCUCUCCCCAGAAUCCUCCCCCCUGCGGCCGUACCAGUCCAGCUCAGACGACAGCAGCUCCGAGCACUCCGCCUCCCCCUAUGUGCCAGGCCAGGACACGCCCACAGAGAUCCCCAAGCUCUGCCCUCCACCAUACGGCUUCCACUUGGCAGCGCCCAAGAAGGGGCUGCCGGGUUUGAACACACAGCCCCUCUCCCCUCAGGACAAGCGCUUGGUGGGCCGGUGCAGCCCUCAGCAAAGACCUUGGCAGGACGGGUCGGCGUCUGCCAGGAGGACACCCAAGCUCCCGCCCCCUUACACCAGGGUUCUGCGUACGCCCUCGCUGAAAGAGUACACCAACCAGGCCGUCCGCAUGAUGCCCAGGGAGGUUGUGUCGGAGGAGCUCAAGUCCUGGCACCAGCGCAGUCAGAGUGUGCCGGGCUGUGCGGAGCUGCAGAGCCCCCUGGGAGUCAAGAGUCCCACUUUACUGCACAUGCCUCCAUUUAAUAAGGGUUCAGGUAAUUUGGUUCUCCAGAGAGCUGCAGACGGGACGCCAGUCCAGUGGUUUGUUGCAGAGGACCAUGAAAUUGUGAGCCAGGUGUAGCUCACCGUUGGAAUAAUUUGUUUUAGUCUUUGUAUGAUCUAUGCUGCCCUUUUCUAUCGUUUGUAUUUAAGGCUGUAUUUAUUUAAGUAUUUGGAUUCUUGAGAUUAUAUGCAGAAAAUGUGCACCCACAGAUGAGCAUACUUCCCCUUCGUCUAUAAUUUAGAACUUAAUGUAUGAAGUAUUUAUUUUCAAAUGCUUUUUAGUGGUGAGCACAUCUGCCUCACAGUUCUGAGGACCUGGGUUCAAAUCCGGCCUCGCCUGUGUGGAGUGUGCAUGUUCUCCCCGUGCCUGCGUUUUCUCCCACAUCCCAAAAACAUGCAUGAUAGGUUAGUUGAAAACACUUUCCCGUAGAUGUGAAUGUGAGUGCAAAUGGUUGUUUGUUUAUAUGUGUCCGGCGAUUGGCUGGCGACCAGUUCAGGGUGUACCCCGCUUCUCGCCCGAAGAUAGCUGGGAUAGGCUCCAGCACACCCACGACCCUGGUGAGGAUAAGCGGUACAGAAGAUGGAUGGAUGGAUGCAUGGAUGGAUGGAUGCUUUUUUAGUAGAUGCUUCUCCAAUUUGCAGCUCAAUGUUUUAUGCAGAACUCAUUUUGCACAUAGAAAUUCACUCAGCAUUCCUAAUAUAAUUUAUUUAUCAACUAUUGGAAGGUUGCUGCUCGUAACAUAGACUACUAAAGGUUUGAUGUAAACGCAUUGCUUGUGUGUAAAAUAUCGUUAAAAUUUAACAUGGAAUAUGUUGCAUUGAAAGAUGAAUUAUUGCUCACUGACGCCUUUAACGGUGUUUUGAUGACUGUUGUUCUUGCAGAAUGUUGUUACUAACCAGGUGAUUGUAUUUUUUCUAUAUUUAUAGUAAAGCAUGUACAAUUGAA